AUGUCUAUUAAGCUAGUGGUUGGUGGGCUCACUUUAAGCAUGGUUAGUGCAUACGCACCUCAAGCGGGCUUGGGAGAGGAGGUCAAGAGGCAAUUCUGGGAGGAUUUAGAUGAGCUGGUGCGUGGUAUUAUGCACACCGACAAGAUUUUUAUAAGACGUGAUUUUAAUGGCCAUAUUGGGGAGACGACUAGGGGCUAUGAUGAUGUGCAUGGCGGGUUCGGUUUUGGGGUUAGGAAUGAUGGUGAUACUUCAUUGCUGGAUUUUUCUAGAGCCCUCGAUUUGGCGAAGAGGGAUAGAGGCCUUUGCACUGAAUUCAAGGUUAUUCCGAGUGAGUUGCUUUCGACCCAACAUAGGCUCUUGGUUAUGGACUUGGAGAUUAAGAGGGAUAAGAAGAAGAGAGUGGUGUUUGGUCAACCUAAGAUCAAGUGGGGAGCCUUGACAGAGGACAAAGCUUAG